GAUGGAAAAAAUAGUAAAUCAUUCUUUUUAACACGGAGGAAGUAUUACUUUUAAUCAGUCCCAAAAAAAAAAAAAAAAAAAAAUUCUUUUUGUACAAAGAGAUGCUGAGUCAACUACCCCUGUGUUUCAAACUUGCCAACAAAGAGAAAAAGACAACUGCCACUUCCCCCAAAUACAUGAAUUUAAUUCCAUAAAUCUCCUAUAUAUGACUUCCCCCUCUUUCUACUCUCACUUCAUCCUCAACUAAAUAACACUACAGCUCAGUAGUAAAAAUCCCAACCCAAAUUACUAACAAUGCCUUCUGCUUCAGCUGUAAGUUUGGUAUCCAAAUGCACUAUUUUCCCCUCCCAAAAAUCAUCUCUUUCUGAUCUGAAACUCUCUGUUUCCGAUCUUCCUAUGCUCUCUGUUCACUACAUCCAGAAAGGUUGUCUGUUUACUCGUCCUCCUUUUCCUAUCCCUCACCUCAUUUCCCUUCUCAAGCUCAGUCUUUCUCAGACACUCACUCACUUCCCUCCACUAGCAGGUCGAUUUGUGACUGACUCGGAUGGCUACGUCUACAUUUCUUGCAAUGAUACUGGCGUUGAUUUUGUUCAAGCUUCAGCCACUCACAUUUUCAUUCGCGAUGUCAUUGGCUCCACUGAUGUUCCUGAUCAUGUCAAGGAAUUUUUCCCUAUGGACCGCACGGUUAGCUAUCAAGGGCAUUUUAUCCCUCUUUUAUCCGUUCAAGUGACGGAACUAGCUGAUGGUGUUUUCAUCGGAUGCGCUGUCAAUCAUUCUGUCACUGAUGGGACAUCAUUAUGGAACUUUUUCAAUACAUUUGCUCAGGUGAGCAGGGGUGUCAAAAGGAUUAUAAGACAGCCCGAUUUUACCCCAAAUUCAGUUUUGAUUUCAAAUGUUGUGCUAAAACUCCCUGCUGAUGGACCCAAAGUCACGUUUUCCGGCGAUGCUCCAUUGAGGGAGAGGAUUUUUAGUUUUAGCAGGGAAUCAAUUCAAACACUCAAAGCGAAGACUAACAAUCAGAAACUGAAUUUCGAUGGAGAAAUUAAUGUUGUUGAAUUAAUGGCAAAACAGAGCAACGAUCCCCUGAAAAUCAAGACAGAAACGGAAACGAUAAAUCCAAUGGCUGAGAUUUCAUCAUUUCAAUCACUUUGCGCAUUGCUCUGGCGUGCAGUGACACGUGCAAGGAAAUUCCCAGCUUCAAAAAUGACGACAUUCCGAAUGGCUGUAAAUUGCCGUCACCGUCUCCAGCCGAAGCUAAAUCCGCUAUACUUUGGCAACGCAAUUCAAAGCAUUCCAACUUACGCAUCAGCAGGGGACGUUUUAUCUCACGAUCUGCAUUGGUGUGCUGAGCAAUUGAACAAAAAUGUGAAGGCUCACGAUGAUGCUAAGGUGAGGAAGUUCGUAGAGGAUUGGGAGAAGGAUCCGCGGUGUUUUCCAUUGGGAAAUUUUGACGGAGCUAUGCUCACAAUGGGUAGCUCUCCAAGGUUUCCAAUGUACGAUAACGAUUUUGGCUGGGGCAGGCCCGUUGCUGUCCGAAGUGGACGGGCUAAUAAAUUUGACGGUAAGAUAUCAGCAUUUCCUGGUCGAGAAGGAGGAGGAAGCGUGGAUUUGGAGGUGAUUUUGUCACCCAAAACAAUGCAAGGAUUGGAGUAUGAUCCCGAAUUCAUGCAGUUUGUUACUCGCUAUUGAAUUUUUCUAACGUAUUAGUUGCUGUCGUUAUUGUGAUUUUUACUCAAAUUUGUAUUGCUUGUGAUUAAUUUGAAUGAGUUUAUCCUUUGUUGAAUUGUUAAAA